UAUUCAUUAAAAAAAAACUGGGAAAUAUUUAAUUUAGAUGUGCUUAAGAGCCACCAAUAGAGUCAGUCUCAUAUUCCAUUGUAAAUCACUGUCAUAUCCACUAAUUUGAAAAAUAUGCUCUACUUUUGAAACACAUGGUAUAUUAUCAUACCUACAUCCUCAAUUUCAAUUUAGGCAAAAUAAUAUAGCCCACUUCAGGUACAAACAAUUCUUCCAUCAAAUCACAUUAACUGGAAAUUUGCUAGAUUUGUCAUGUUUACCUAACCCCGAAAAUUAAUCCCUUUUCAAUGCAGAUAAGGCCCCCUUUUUCCGAAAUCCCACAACAGGUACCAAUUCGAACGUUACCGCCAAUAGGGACAGCUGCAGUAGAUACCCGGGAGCACCCGAGAAGGGGGCCGGCGCAAGUCUUCGCAUUCGCCCUCAGUUUGUCUCAGUACUCGUUUGUCGGCUGUGCCCCACGUAGUGACACUCGUUGCCAGGUUGAUACAUUCAACAAAGCACUGGUAAUCAUUUAAUUUGGUUCGUGGCGUUUUCAAAUUCUCAUGAUCGCGAUGGAACCUUGGAGGACUUAUGCAACGAUAUGUCGGUUGUGUUUGCAAAAGGACGGGUACAUGUUGGGCAUCUUUAACCACAUUCAAGGAAAAGACAGGAGCAUUCACAAGAAAAUAAUCGAUUGUACGGCACUACAGAUUUCUCAAGGAGACGGACUUCCCAACGUUAUCUGUCAUCGAUGUCUCUACAAAAUCGAAUUCUGUCUGGAAUUUAGACAACUAUGUUUUAUGUCAGAUGCGACACUUCGGCAGAUAGCUGGUGUUGCUAACAAAGAAAAUGGUUCUGACGCAACAAACAACUCGCAUCUACCCCUGUAUAGACAGUUGGAAGCAGCAGCCGGCGACGAUGAAAAUGUCAUCAUGGUCGUCGAUCCCAACGCGUUAGAUUACGAAUCAGACUAUGAGUCUGAGAAGGAACCUCAGAGUGAGAAUGAAAACUGUGAAACAAAUGAUAUCGAACCGGAAGGCAGAGGUGUCUCCAUGUGCAAGUUUUGUGACCACGCUUUCACAGACAGCAGCGAAUGUGCCAGCCAUGAAAUGUCAGUCCACAGCAGCGACACCCCGUACACUUGCAAAAGCUGUCUGAUGAGUUUUGCCGAUCGAGUGCUUUACUCUGCUCACCUGAAGAGCGUCCACAAAAACGACAAGCCCUAUAACUGCCCCCAAUGCGAUAGGACCUUCGCCAGGCGGUCUGAUCUAAGGAAGCACACCAUAGUGCACACAGGGGUGAAGCCCUUCACGUGCACGGUGUGCUUCAAGUCCUUCUCGAGGAACACCAAUCUAUCCAAGCACAUGCGUAUACACUCCGGAACCAAACCGUUCGUUUGCCCAAAGUGCCCCAAGACCUUCACAUCUAAGGCGGAUCUUUCCCGUCAUGCCAUUAUUCAUUCGGGACAGAGACCAUUCAACUGCAACUACUGCCAUCUGAGCUUCGGUAGGAAAGAUAAGUUGCAGAGGCACGAGAAGAAGCAUUUCCCGCAAGAGAAUUCGGAGGACAAGUCGCAAGAGUUGCAGAUGCUGAGAGAGAACCUUUCCAUUUACUCGAACGCUAAUGACAAUAAAGAAGAAGAGGAUGGUAAACAUUAUGGUUCUGAAAAUAUGGUGAUAACGCUGGAUCCCUUUAAUCACGACAGCUAUCCAACAGAAGCAACUCCACAGAGAGGUGAUGAAUCAGAAAACGAACUUCAAAACGAUCAUGAAAAACCCCUCCCGGAGGAUGUCCAAGAAGAUGACAUUAAAGAACAAAAACCAGUUCUGGAAUCUUCGCCGGAAAACAUGGACGGGACCGACAAUGGUCUGGACAGACUGGAAAGAUUCUGUUGCAGUCAGUGUCCAAAGAGGUUCUCGAAGGAGGAGAGCUUGAUAAAGCAUCAAGCGAUUCAUUCGACUCACUCAGGCAACAGACCCUUCAGCUGCCACAUCUGCACCAAGGCUUUCAUUCGAAAAAGGGAACUCGAUAGGCACAUUGUGACCCAUACUGGUAUGAAACCUUUCAAGUGUCCUAGGUGUAGCAAAAGCUUUGGACGUAAGGAUAAGAUGAUAAGGCACAUGCGUAUUCAUGAUAUCAAUAAGAGCUUCAACUGUAAUAUAUGUGGAAGUACUUUCAACAGGAGAGAUGGUUUGCAGACCCAUUUGAAGACUCACGCACCCAAGGAGACUGAAGACACAAAUAAUUUAGAAUAGUUGAGCAUGAUAUUUUGUUUUGUGAAUUUAAUUGUUGAUACUGAGAGCUUUGUAGUAUAACUUUUGAUAAAAUUU